AUGUUAAUUGUUCAGAAACCUGGAUGGAGAAAGUUUGUAGCAUAUGUUGGGCCUGGUUUUCUCGUCUCAUUAGCUUACCUUGAUCCUGGCAACCUGGAAACGGACUUGCAGGCAGGAGCUAAUCACGGGUUCGAGCUUCUAUGGGUGGUGCUUAUCGGAUUAAUAUUUGCGCUCAUAAUCCAAUCCCUUUCUGCAAAUCUUGGCGUAAGCACCGGAAAACAUCUAUCAGAAGUGUGCAAAUCCGAAUAUCCAAUAUUUGUGAAGUAUUGUCUAUGGUUGUUAGCUGAAGUUGCUGUAAUAGCAGCCGAUAUUCCAGAAGUGGUAGGAACAGCCUUCGCUCUGAAUAUUCUAUUCCAUAUUCCUGUUUGGGCUGGAGUUCUCCUCACUGGUUUAAGUACCAUUUUGCUUCUUGGUCUUCAAAGAUAUGGGGCGAGGAAGCUGGAAUUGUUGAUAGCAAUAUUAGUGUUCGUAAUGGCGGCGUGUUUCUUCGGAGAAAUGAGCUACGUGAAGCCUCCAGCGAGCGGUGUUUUGAAAGGAAUGUUUGUUCCAAAGCUCAAAGGCGAAGGAGCCACCGCCGACGCCAUUGCUCUUCUGGGCGCCCUCGUUAUGCCGCAUAACCUGUUUCUUCAUUCCGCUCUUGUGCUCUCAAGAAAAGUCCCCAAUUCUGUUAGCGGUAUCAACGACGCUUGUAGGUACUUCCUAAUAGAGAGCGGAAUUGCAUUGUUCAUAGCAUUUUUAAUAAACGUCGCCGUUGUUUCUGUUUCCGGCACCGUCUGUACCGUCGGAAAUGUCGCCCAAACUACCGCCGAUCAAUGCUCCGACAUAACUCUCAACUCCGCCUCCUUCCUCCUCCAGAAUGUAUUGGGAAAAUCAAGCUCCACUAUUUACGCCAUAGCGUUAUUUGCAUCGGGACAAAGCUCCAGCAUCACCGGCACUUAUGCCGGUCAGUUCAUUAUGCAGGGAUUUUUGGACUUGAAAAUGAAAACAUGGGCAAGAAAUCUAAUGACAAGGUCCAUUGCAAUAACGCCAAGUCUUAUCGUAUCCAUCAUCGGCGGUCCUCAAGGAGCUGGCCGUCUCAUCAUUAUUGCAUCGAUGAUCCUUUCCUUCGAGCUUCCGUUUGCUCUAAUUCCGCUACUCAAAUUCAGUAGCAGCAGCACCAAGAUGGGCCCCCACAAGAACUCCAUAUACAUCAUUGUAAUCUCAUGGAUAUUGGGCCUCGCAAUCAUCGGCAUCAACAUCUAUUAUCUUAGUACGGCCUUCGUGGACUGGCUAAUUCACAAUAAUUUACGUAAAGUUGCAAAUGUUUUCAUCGGGAUCGCUGUGUUUCCGUUAAUGGCUGCCUACAUUGGUGCUGUUAUUUACCUAAUGUUUCGAAAAGACAGGGUUGUCACUUACAUUGAACCCGAGAAGGAUGAUGCUAUAGCGCAAGCCCAUUUGGAAAUUGGGCUUAAUAAUUCUUUUGGGCCUGGUGACAUCACUCCAGUGCCUUUCAGAGAGGAUUUGGCCCAUAUUCCACUACCAGAGUAGAAGACCUAAUAUGGGCUUUAGUGCCGUCAUGGCCCACUGUUUUUUUAUUUGCUUGUGCGUGCAUCUACUUUCAAAAUCUUCCG